UUCACUGGCGCGUAAGAUCUUUAAAUGAAAACGCCGCCAUCUUGGCAGGAAGACGCAGUGUUCAAAUUACUGUCACAUAUCUCGUCGCUUGCAGCUCAGCUGAAAAACGUUAAUCAGUUGGCUUGUCUCAGCACAGUUGGACAUGGCAAACACCGUCCGAUUUGGAAUCACUACUGAUCCAUGCAGAAUUGCUUCUGAGAAACAGGAGGUUGAGGAAUACGAUGAAAAGGCAAACUCUGACCCAGAAAAACUUGUGCAGUGUCCUUUUGACAAAAACCACCAAAUCCGAGCCUGCCGCUUUCCUUACCAUCUUAUUAAGUGCAGAAAGAAUCAUCCCAAAUUGGCCAACGAACUAAAAACCUGCCCCUUCAAUGCACGCCACCUGGUCCCCAAGCAUGAGCUGGCUCACCACACCGAGACCUGCGAAGACCGGAUAUCUAUGGACACUGAAGAUGUCAGUGGAAACGCAAAUGGACAUCGUGAAUGGCAUGUUCCCGUCAGUACAUGGACAAAUCCAAACGCAACUGAGGACUGGGAGCAAGAGGCAGAUAAUGAACCGACUCCAUUUGUGUGGGGUGUCAACACAAUGUUGACUCAAAUCCCUAAUGCAAGGCCCACCAGCAGUCCUGGCCAAAGUCUUAGAGCGCCCAAAAACCUGCCAUGGUCGGACUUCUGAGCCAUAAACUGUUCUUAUUAUGCAUGCCAAGUUUUUUUUUUUUCUUUCUAGAAAUGUGUUCUUAAUGUUUCUAUGGCCAACUUUAAACUGACAAAACCAAAUUUUCUGGUCUGAUUUAUUUGUUUUAAAAAUUUUUUAGGUUACUGGAUUUGGAAGUGACAUGUGUACAAAUUUUUUUUAUUGGUCCUGUGUCAUUGUUGCAUUGCUCUUGUAUGUUUUGCUAUAAAGGUUUUGAAAUUU